GCGCCCUCAGCUACUCGCUUUCGUCACAGAGGAACAAACGGACGUCGUAACGUCGAAGCUUCAGUGUAACUUACCGAUUUCCAUCGGGAAAAGAACAAUUAAUCUUUAAUUCAACAAUUGAUUUCGCGAAUAUUUCAGCAGACACGCACUUAAGAGGGUGUGUCAACGUUUCGGCGGGCUAUUUAAUUAGCCGGCAAAAUUACCGAGUGCGGAAAAUACUGCGGACCAACCGCAAACGGCCCAACCAUUUCGUUCAGCAGCUUCAGGCAGUCUUUUACCUCGAAUGUCAAUUACCUGAAACGGAGGUUCAGCUCCGGGGAUCUAUCCUCGGAGUGCGACGAGAAUGAGGCGCAGGUUGAUCCUUAUUCAAAAGCACCUCCCGUUACCUCUCAACCCCAGGCACCUCCACCCCCUCCUCCAGUUCAACCUGCAACCUCCACCAGCGAUUUAUCGCUAAAUUUACGACCAGGAUCUAAAACAACAAGUGCUCCAAGUAGUCCUGCUAAAUCUAGGGAAUCAUUACUUCAACGCGUUCAAUCUUUAACAGGUCAAGCUAGAGAUCAAGGUGCAUCAAUUUUAGGAGCAGCUGUGAGCAGUGCAAGUAGAGUGACAUCAUCGGUAUCUUCGGGAAAAUACCUCACUUUGUUAGUUAUUGAUGAUCAAAAUACCGAUUGGUCCAAGUACUUCCGCGGAAAGAAGAUCGGAGAUUAUGAUAUUCGCGUGGAACAAGCGGAAUUUAAAGAACUCAACAUUACAGCGAGUUCGGAGGGAGUUAACGUUUCAAUGGGACCUUAUAGGGGUGGAUCACGAACUGGAAGAACUUUUAAACCGGAUUUCUUGUUGGUGAGGCAAAAUCUUCGGGACGCAGGAGAGGACUAUAAAAAAUUACUACUGGCUUUAAAAUUUGGUGGAGUGCCAACAAUAAACAACCUCAACGCAGUGUACAACUUCCAGGACAAGCCUUGGGUUUUUGGGCAUCUUGUCCAAAUUCAACGACGUAUUGGAAAAGACUCUUUUCCCCUUAUUGAACAAACUUUCUACCCUGAUCAUCGAGAAAUGGAGUUUCAGGUAACCGCACCAAGAUUCCCCGUCGUUUUAAAAAUAGGUCAUGCUCACGGUGGUCUUGGAAAAGUAAAAGUAGACAACAUGAGUGAUUUUCAAGAUAUGGCAAGCGUUGUUGCCGUUUCCAAUACUUAUUGUACCGUUGAACCAUACAUCGAUUCAAAAUACGACAUCCACGUCCAAAAAAUCGGCAUAAAUUAUAAAGCUUUCAUGAGAAAGUCGAUUUCUGGUUGUUGGAAAACCAACACCGGAUCCGCGAUGUUAGAACAAAUCUCAAUGCCGGAUCGAUAUAAAACAUGGAUCGACGAAGUUUCCGAUCUCUUCGGCGGAUUAGAUAUUUGCGCUUUGGAAGUUGUCGUUGGAAAAGAUGGGAGGGAGUAUAUCAUUGAGGUAAAUGAUAGCGCUUUGACUUUAUUAGGGGAUUCCCAAGAAGAAGAUCGACGUCACAUCGCUGAUUUGGUGGCGUAUAAGAUGCAAGCGAUUUGUAGACCGAGAUCCCCAUCGACUGAAGGAGAGCCGAUUCCACCACCGGUUGGGCCACGAAGUAUUUUGGGCAGUUUGAGUAGCUUAACGCACUCGGAUUCAAAUCCGAAUGAACCACCUGGACUAUCUAACAUCGGACGCCGGGAUAGUCAAGCAUCUCAAUCGAGCGUAACAAGCAGUGCUCCACCAAGUGCAAGAGCACCCGAUCCACCAGCUCGUCCAUUUCAAAGACAAGGAAGCCAACAAACCAUAACAGAAGAUACCGAAGAUACCAUGAAGAACCUCAGAAAAACAUUCGCCGGGAUUUUUGGUGAUAUGUAAAGAUGUUACAAUUCACUUCAAUACGUUAUUUUUAAAGUUGUCAAUCUUUUGUCAUUUCAAAACUGUUUUCUUUGAAGUUAAAUAAAAAAGAAGGUUAAAAUCAAAUUAAAUCGAUUCAAGUUUACGAUUUUGGUUGAUGAUUUAUUUGCUUUAGUGUUGUUCACAUAUUGGGUGAGUGAAAAUUCUUGUUUAAAAAUUGUAUCGUAAUCGAUUAGAAGAGCACUGUACGAAGGAGAUUGUAGCACACAUAAAGACAAAUUAAUAAGAUCAAUAUCUUGUACGAAAUAAAAUGCCCUAAUCGAUUCAUCCAAAAAAAUGUAUUAAUUUCUUGGGUGGAACGCGAUUGCAUAAACUAAAUGAUAACCAUAAAAUUCAUAACUCCAUGAUUAUUCUCAUUUGAUAAACAUAGAGAAAUACCUUGAACUUACUCCGUAGUUGUAACGCUAAGCAAUAUAGAUAUAUGUUAUACGUUGAUAUGUUAAUCCACUGCCUAUGGCCUUGGCGUCAAUCGAGUCGCCAUUGUUAUGAAAACGUAGUUGUUAAAAACGAACAAAAUAAAAAAAAACAUCAUAAAUAAAAAACAAAACGAAAUGAAAUUAAGUAAGUUCAUGUAAGCGAUGGUAUUGUAAUGUCGAUGUUUAUUCUAGUAAUCAGAGUCAAAUGAAAAUUCCUUAUUUUCAUUCCCUCCUAAACAAAACUACUAAAACGGCAAAUAAAACUUCAUCAUUCAAUCGAAAAGCAAACGAAAAAAGGAGGAUAAAAACAUUAAAUUCAUGUCUCAUAUCUAAUGUAAAGUGACAAUAUUGUAGUUGUUCUAUUUAUCUACUUUGCACUGUGUAACCAGUAACGAAGAUGGAUCUUUAUAAAGGUAAGGAAAUACGUUAUAUAGUCGUUACAAUAUACUUAAUAUUUCCGGUUGGUUAUUAACUCCGAUGCAACGAAAAAAAAGGGGGAUAAAAUUUAUUAAAAAAGUGUAAUGUAUGGAAAAUGUACUCGUGUAAGCUGAGAAACUUGCUUCGUUCUUCCGUUUUUUUCCUUCCAUUUUAAACCAUACUUAAAUCAAUCUAAGUUUGUGGUAUUACUCUAAAAUACAAUACAAAAAAAAAUAAGAACAAAUCGACAAGAUAAAAACAAAAGAAUUAUUAAUCAAAAAAUGUAAUAACAAAAAAAGGGGCAUAGGACAUGAUAAACGAUGACUCAUAUUGGUAAAGGAACGAAACAAUUUUCCGCAAGGUUUAAUCUCAUACCGAACUGGGUCAAUCUGAUUAGGCCUUAAGUACAACGGUAGAUUUUACAUGAUUCCUAGAGUAGAUGGUAUACCAAAAAGACGUGUAUGGUUUGUUUUCAAUCGUUUAUUUCUUGAAGCAGGUUGUGAAUGGGAAAAACAUAACAAGAAAACGACCAUUCAAAACGUACACGUCAUUGAAGUGUUUAGAUAAGGGAGCUUACGUUUGUUAUGUUAUGCAAUAUUGUAUAGUGUUAUAUCGAUGGAUAAAUACAAUAAAAUGAUUGAGAUGCA